AUGACUAACAAGAUCGGAGAAGUUGAUGAGAGUCUUUACUCUCGUCAAUUAUAUGUCUUAGGUAAAGAGGCCAUGUUAAAAAUGCAACUUUCUAACGUCUUAAUUAUAGGAUUGAAAGGGUUAGGUAUAGAAAUUGCUAAGAAUGUUACUUUAGCUGGUGUUAAAUCUUUAACCAUUUAUGAUCCAGCUUUAGUAGCCAUUGAAGAUUUAUCAUCGCAAUUUUUCCUAACUGAAUCAGACGUUGGAAAACCAAGAGAUCAAGCGUCUAAAGCUAAAUUGGCAGAAUUAAAUUCUUACGUCCCAAUCAAUAUUCUACAAUCAAUAGAUAAUGAAGAAUCUUUAAAAGAGUUUCAAGUCAUUGUUGCCACUGAUACGGUGAAUUUAGAAGAUAAAGUUAAAUUGAAUGAAUUUUGCCAUCCCCUAGGAAUUAAAUUCAUUUCCACAGAAACAAGAGGGUUGUUUGGUAAUGUAUUCACUGAUUUUGGUGAUGAAUUCACAAUCUUGGACCCAACUGGUGAAGAACCACGUACGGGUAUGGUCUCUGAUAUCGAAUCUGAUGGAACCGUUACUAUGUUGGACGAUAAUAGACAUGGGCUAGAAGAUGGUAAUUAUGUUAAAUUCUCUGAAGUACAAGGUUUAGAAAAAUUGAACGAUGGCUCGUUAUUUAAGGUUGAAGUGCUAGGCCCUUUCGCUUUUAAGAUUGGCUCUGUAGCUGAAUUUGGCCAAUAUAAAAAGGGCGGUAUUUUCACUGAAGUUAAAGUUCCACAAAAAACUUCUUUCAAGACUUUACAACAAUCCUUGGAUGAUCCAGAAUUUGUAUUUGCAGAUUACGCCAAAUUUGAUAGAACUCCACAAUUACAUCUGGGUUUCCAGGCCUUACAUCAAUUCGCUGUUAGGCACCAAGGCCAGUUACCUAGACCAAUGAAUGAAGAAGAUGCAAAUGAACUAGUUAAAUUAGUCACAGAUCUAUCUGCUCAAGAGCCAAGUAUCUUAGGCGGCGCAGAUGCUGAAAUAAACGAUAAAUUAAUCAAAGAAUUAGCUUAUCAGGCAAGAGGUGAUAUUCCAGGUAUCAUUGCAUUUUUUGGUGGGUUAGUUGCACAAGAAGUAUUGAAAGCUUGUUCUGGUAAAUUUUCUCCAUUGAAACAAUUCAUGUAUUUUGACUCUUUAGAAUCUCUACCAGAUCCAAAAGAAUUCCCAAGAACAGAAGAAACCACAAAACCUUUAAAUUCUCGUUAUGACAAUCAAAUUGCUGUUUUCGGUAUUGAUUUCCAAAAGAAGGUUGCCAAUUCUAAAGUUUUUCUUGUUGGCUCAGGAGCCAUCGGUUGUGAAAUGCUUAAAAAUUGGGCUCUUAUGGGUCUUGGCUCGGGAUUAGAAGGUCAUAUUGUGGUAACCGAUAAUGAUUCUAUUGAAAAAUCGAACUUGAAUCGUCAAUUUUUGUUCAGACCUAAAGAUGUGGGUAGAAACAAAUCUGAAGUUGCUGCAGACGCAGUUGUUGCAAUGAAUCCAGAUUUACUAAAUAAAGUUGAACCAAAGAUUGAUAAAGUUGGACCUGAAACAGAAAACAUCUUCAAUGAUUCAUUCUGGCAAAAUCUAGACUUUGUUACAAACGCAUUAGAUAAUGUUGAUGCCCGUACGUAUGUUGAUCGUCGUUGUGUCUUCUAUAGAAAACCCCUUUUAGAAUCUGGUACUUUAGGUACUAAAGGUAAUACGCAAGUUGUUAUUCCUGGUUUAACAGAGUCUUAUUCUUCUUCAAGAGAUCCACCGGAAAAAUCUAUCCCACUUUGUACUCUACGUUCAUUCCCAAAUAAAAUUGAUCAUACUAUCGCAUGGGCUAAAUCAUUAUUCCAAGGUUAUUUUGCUGAUUCUGCUGAAAAUGCUAAUGUAUAUCUGUCGCAACCAAACUUCAUUGAACAAUCAAUGAAACAAAGUGGUGAUGUUAAAGGAACUUUGGAAUCAAUUGCUGAUUCUUUGAAUAAUAGACCCUCUAAUUUCGAUGAUUGUAUUCAAUGGGCGAGAUUAGAGUUUGAAAAGAAAUUCAAUCAUGAUAUUAAGCAAUUAUUAUAUAAUUUCCCUAAGGAUGCUAAGACAUCAAAUGGUGAACCAUUUUGGUCAGGUGCUAAACGCGCACCAACUCCAUUGGAAUUUGAUAUUGAUAAUGAUGAUCAUUUCCAUUUUGUCGUCGGUGCUGCCAAUCUACGUGCAUUCAACUAUGGACUACCUGAUGAAGGCACCAACCCAGAUGUCGAACAUUAUAAAGAGGUCAUAUCUUCCAUGAUAAUUCCGGAUUUCACACCAAAUGCUAAUUUGAAGAUUCAAGUUAAUGAUGAAGAUCCAGAUCCAAACGCUAAUAAUGAUGUUGGUGACGAAUUGGACAUGUUAGCUUCUUCACUCCCUAAACCUUCUACUUUAACUGGAUUUUCAAUGAAGCCUGUUGAAUUUGAAAAAGAUGAUGAUACCAAUCAUCAUAUUGAAUUCAUUACAGCCUGUUCUAAUUGUAGGGCUCAAAACUAUUUCAUUGAAGUUGCCGACCGUCAGAAGACUAAAUUUAUUGCAGGUCGUAUUAUUCCAGCAAUUGCCACAACAACAUCGCUAGUUACCGGAUUAGUUAACUUAGAACUUUAUAAGGUCGUUUAUGGUUGCGAAGAUAUUGAACAAUAUAAAAACGGGUUUGUCAAUUUAGCGUUACCAUUUUUCGGAUUUUCUGAACCUAUUGCAUCACCAAAAGCCAAAUAUAAUGAUGUUACUUACGACAAGAUUUGGGAUAGAUUUGAUAUACAAGGAGACAUUCGAUUGAGUGAUUUAAUAGCGCAUUUUGAAAAAAAGGAAGGACUAGAGAUAACAAUGUUAUCAUAUGGUGUUUCCUUGCUUUAUGCGUCAUUUUUCCCUCCAAAGAAAUUAAAGGAAAGGUUAAAUUUACCAAUAACAGAAUUAGUUAAAUUGAUCACAAAGGCAGAUUUACCAUCGCAUGUUCGUACAAUGAUCUUAGAAAUAUGUGCCGAUGAUAAAGAAGGUGAAGAUGUGGAAGUUCCUUUCAUCACUAUUCAUCUAUAA